CUCAUCUCAGGGGGGUUUUGUAGGUUCACUGAUGCCUCCCAAGCGCGGUCGUUAUUCGAGGACCGGCGCUAGGGGAGAUGGGCCUGACGGCCCCCCCACUCAGUAUCAGACUCGGCUUACGGAUGUAUUCCUUCCGAAGCCGCCGAAGCCCCCACCCAGCUCGCGCAAGCAUACACGAAGUGUUACUGCAGCACUCAAAUCGCAACCCUUUGAUUCUCCGGCCGGUUCCUCGGUCACUCCGAAGACAAGAAAGCCGAGCUCAAGGGCAUUGGCCCCUUCUCUCGCUGUAAGGAGCACUCCGAAAAGCCGAGAGACACCUCCACUUGUCGACAUAAGCAGUGAUUCGGAAAUUGUGCCUCUUCCUAAGCGUCGGAAGCGUCUCCCAGAAACCCCAGCAUCGAAAACUGUCGUUCGCACGCCUGCCCCCCCUUCGACCAUCCGCAGCUCAACUGUUGUGAUAAGUUCUAGCCCUACCCUUGCAGACACGACACCGCACCUGGAUACUACUGUUAAGGGGAAAGAAAGGUCAAGGGGGCCACGAAACGACUGGGAUACGAGCCCAACACGCGCAGGAUCAAUUUCACUGUUUCAUGCCUGUGACGAGAAUCGAAAUAUUCCAAGCAGCCGAGUGACAUCCCCAAUGGACGAUGAAUCUGAUGUUGUGCCUUCUUCCCAAACACAACGCUCUUACAUAAUUGUUGAGGCCCAACCAUCGGACUAUCGUGGAGUUUGGAGCUUAUCGAACGGACCCAAAACACCUUCGAAGGUGCCCCGGGGGGAAGCCUCUCGCGAUUCUGUGGUGCCGUCUUCUCAGACCCCUGAGCGGCAUAUUUGGGCCUCUUCAUCCAUUCAUGCGUCAGAUAAACCAUUCGAAAGGAAAGGCGGCUCUCUGAAAAGUACCCUCGCUACCCCGCGCAAGUUUGUUGUGCCUGGUACAGCAGAUCCUGCUUCGAGUAUCAUUGUCACCAAGGGGCAACUGAUUUCCCCAGGAAGGCUUUCAACCCUCGAUAAUUCGCCUAUGGAGCGCUCGUCGACGGCUUUAUUUCAUGUUGACCAACCGCGCUCAGAUGAAGGGUCCCAGACACAGAAUACUGAUACACAAGGAUCGGAGACGCAAGAUACCAUGGGUGAUGAUUAUGGCAGCAAACUACUAUCCCAGCUCCGUCUCGAUCCCCCUUUCCCGACCCAAAGGGUUCCGCAGUACAAAGAUGAUAGGCGAUGGCGGGAAUACCGUCUGAGGGCCACGCCUUUGCCUUCCGAGGGGGAAAGCUACUUCUCACUAGCCUCACUGCUCUCAAAGAACCAACCUCUGGACGAGAAUGCUUGCGCGCCGAUGACACCAUCCCCGACCAAGUCACACACCAAACCCACUGCUGAAGACGUUCAACUCGACUUCCUUCAAUCCAGCCCGCUUUCACCAAGAAAUCCACAGCGAAGUUUUAGACGUGAUUCCGAUGAGAACAUGCCUCCCGAUGUUAAGCGGUUCCUCUUCUCCGAAUCCUAUCAAGAGAGUAUGGAAAAGUACAUUCUGGAUAGCAGUCAAAGCCAGGCAUGAAAUCCGUCCGCCUCUUUCAACUCCUUUUUUAGAUCUUCUCACUGCUUUGCAUGAAAUCACCUAUUACCACCAUUACCACAAGCAUUAAUCAACAUUCUCGUGUUAUAUACAUAGCGGAACGGACUUUCAUUCAUGUAUAUUUAGUCACCCAGAUUGUAGUAUAUUCUUCCCGCAACGUCAUUAACUACCCAUCCCACUGCCUCAGCUACGUUUUGACCUGUAAUGGCACUGCAUGGCAUGA